CCUCCUCGGCCACACAAAGGCCCGUCUCCAUGGCAGCCGCGCGAACCCGAGCGCGCAGCGCCGAGCGCGGCCCGGGCGCCAUCAAGCCGCGGCGGCCGACGUGCAGUCCUCACAGAAACCAGGGGAGAGCUCACUGUUGUCUCCAUUUCACAGAUGAGGAAAGGAGGAGGCACAAAGAAGUUAAAUAACUUGCCCAAGGUCACACAGCUACCUAGAAAACCUUGAUGCCAGCUUGUGGCCGAGACUGAACUGGAUGUGGAAGCCUCGGGUGAUGGCGCUGUGGCUCUGGGCCCUGACCCUCCUGGAUCUGGUGGGCUCUGGUGUGGGCCUGCGGUCCCGCAAGCUUGACUUCUUCCACAGCGAGACAGAGCUGAACCACUUGGUCGUGGACAAUGUGACAGGUGGGGUGUACCUGGGGGCAGUGAACAUGCUCUACCAGCUGACUGCUGACCUGCAGCUGGUGCAGCAGGUGGCCACGGGCCCAGCCCUGGACAACAAGAAGUGCACACCACCAAUCGAGAAGAGCCAGUGCCACGAGGCUGUGCUCACCGACAACGUGAACCAGCUGUUGCUUCUGGACCCACUUGAGGGCCGUGUGGUCGAGUGCGGCAGCCUCUUCAAGGGCAUCUGUGCCCUACGGUCGCUCAGCAACAUCUCCACACGCCUUUUCUACGAGGACAGCAGUGGUGAGAAGUCCUUCGUGGCCAGCAAUGACGAGUCUGUGGCCACGGUGGGGCUGGUGAGCUCCACGGGCCCCGGCGAACGCGUGCUCUUUGUGGGCAAAGGCAACGGACCGCAGGACAACGGUAUCAUUGUCAGCACCCGUCUGCUGGACCGGGCCAAUGGCAGGGAGGCCUUCGAGGCCUACACAGACCACGCCACCUACAAGGCUGGCUACCUAUCCGCCAACACACAGCAGUUCGUGGCCGCCUUUGAGGACGGCCAGUAUGUCUUCUUUGUCUUCAACCAGCAGGACAAGCUCCCGUCCCAGAACCGCACGCUGUUGGCUCGCAUGUGCAAGCAAGACCCCAACUAUUACUCCUACCUGGAGAUGGACCUGGAGUGCCAGGACCCCGGCGACCGCCAGUCCCCUCCCUUCGGGACCUGCCUGGCGGCCUCUGUGGACUCAGGCAGGGUACUGUAUGCCAUCUUCAGCAGGGAUGGCAGCAGUGGAGGAGGUGGGGGACUCCGAGCUGGCCUCUGCCUGUUUCCACUGGACGAGAUCCAUGCCAAGAUGGAGGCCAACCGCAACGCCUGCUACACAGGCAGCCGGGAGUCAGGCCGUAACACCUUCUACAAGGCCUUCCAUGGCGAGAUCCAGUGUGGCAGCCACAUGCUGGGCGCCAGCGAGAGCUUCCCCUGUGGCUCGGAGCACCUGCCCUACCCACUGGGCAGCCGUGAUGGACUCAAAGCCAAGGCCGUGCUUCAGCGGGGUGGUUUGAACUUGACGGCUGUGACAGUGACUGCUGAAGACGGCCACACCAUCGCCUUCCUGGGCACCUCCGAUGGCAGAAUCCUCAAGGUGUACCUUGCCCCAGACCACACCUCCACGGAGUACGGCUCCAUCCUUGUGGAGAUCAACAAGCGGAUCAAGCAAGACCUAGUGCUGUCUGCAGACCUGACCCGUUUGUACGCCAUGACCCAGGACAAGGUGUUCCAGCUCCCUGUGCAGGAAUGUCUGAGCUACCCCACCUGCACACAGUGCCGCGACUCGCAGGACCCCUACUGUGGCUGGUGUGUUGUCGAGGGACGAUGCACCAGGAAGGCCAAGUGCCCGCGGGCCAAGGAGACGGGCCACUGGCUGUGGAGCCGUGACAACUCCUGCGUGACCAUCACCAGUGCCCAGCCACAGAACAUGAGCCGGCGGGCCCAGGGGGAGGUGCAGCUGACGGUCAGCCCCCUCCCCACCCUGAGAGAGGACGAUGAGCUGCUGUGCCUCUUUGGUGACUCGCCCCCACAUCACGCCCGCGUGGAGGGUGACACCGUCAUCUGCAACUCCCCGAGUGUUAUUCCCACCACGCCACCUGGCCAGGAUCACGUGACCGUGAAUAUUCAGCUCCUUCUCCACCAAGGUGACAUCUUCCUCACCUCCCACCUGUAUCCCUUCUAUGACUGCCGUGAGGCCAUGCAUCUGGUGGAGAACCUCCCAUGCAACUCCUGUGCCAGCAACCGCUGGACUUGCCAGUGGGACCUGCUAUACCAUGAGUGCCGGGAGGCCUCACCCAACCCUGAGGAUGGCAUCGUCCGUGCCCACAUGGAGGAGAACUGCCCCCAGUUCCUGGACCCCAGCCCCCUGGACAUCCCCAUGAACCAUGAGACAUACGUGACCUUUCAGGGGAAGAACCUGGAAACAGUGAAGAGCACCUCCCUGUUUGUGGGGAGCGACCUACUCAAGUUUAUGGAGCUGGUGGGCAUGCAGGAGUCAGGGACCUUCUUCUUCCGGACCCCAAAGCUGGCCCAUGGUGCCAACGAGACGCUGUCCCUGCAACUGUACGUCAAGUCCUACGGCAAGAAUAUCGACAGCAAGCUUAAAGUGACCCUGUACAACUGCUCCUUCGGCCGCAGUGACUGCAGCCUGUGCCUGGCUGCUAACCCUGACUACAAGUGUGUGUGGUGUGGCGGGCAGAGCAAGUGUGUGUACGAGGCUCUGUGCAGCAACUCCACCUCCGAGUGCCCGCCACCUGUCAUCACCAGGAUCCAGCCCCAGACGGGCCCACUGGGCGGGGGCAUCCACAUCACCAUCCUCGGGUCAAAUUUGGGCAUCAAGGCAGACGACGUUAAGAGGGUGACCGUGGCUGGCCGGAACUGCACCUUUGAGCCAAAACAGUACUCCGUGUCCACCCGGAUCGUGUGUCUGAUCGAGGCCUCAGAGGAGCCUUCCACGGGGGGUGUCGAGGUGGACGUCAAUGGGAAGCUGGGUCACUCACCACCCCACGUCCAGUUCACCUACCAACAGCCAAAGCCUGUCCAUGUGGACCCGAAGCAGGGGCCACAGGCAGGUGGCACCUUGCUGACCAUCACUGGCACCCACCUGGACACAGGCUCCAAGGAGGAUGUGCGGGUGACCCUCAACAACGUUCCCUGUAAAGUGACAAAGUUUGGGGCAAAGCUCGAGUGCAUGACGGGCCCCCAGCCAAAGGUGGGCGAGGUGACCCUGGAGGUGUACUACGGGGGGUCUCCCGUGCCCAGCCCCAACAUUGCCUUCACCUACCGUGACAACCCAGUGCUGCGGGCCUUUGAGCCAAUGCGAAGCUUUGUCAGUGGCGGUAGAAGCAUCAAUGUCACUGGGCAGGGCUUUAGCCUGAUUCAGAGGUUCGCCAUGGUGGUCAUUGCUGAGCCGCUGCAGUCCUGGCGGCAGCGGCGAGAGACUGGACCCCUACAGCCCCUGACGGUCACGGGCACCGACUACGUGUACCACAGCGACAGCAAGGUGGUCUUCUCGUCGCCAGCUGUCCCCGAUGAGCCUGAGGCCUACAACCUCACGGCACUGAUCCAGAUGGAUGGGCACCGUGUGCUGCUCCGGACUGAGGCCGCUACCUUCGAGUAUGUGGCCGACCCCACGUUCGAGAACUUCACGGGCGGUGUCAAGAAGCAGGUCAACAAGCUCAUCCAUGCCCAGGGCACCAACCUGAACAAGGCGAUGACGCUGCAGGAGGCCGAGGCCUUCGUGGGGGCUGAGCGUUGCAUCAUGAAGACACUGACAGAGACUGACCUGUACUGUGAGCCCCCCGAGGUGCAGCCCCUGCCCAAGCGGCGGCAGAAGCGGGACACCACCCACAACCUGCCUGAGUUCAUUGUCAAGUUUGGCUCGCGUGAGUGGGUGCUGGGCCGCGUGGAGUACGACACACGUGUUAGUGACGUGGCGCUCAGGCUCGGUGUCAUCCUGCCUCUGGUCAUUGUGCCCAUGGUGGUCAUCAUCGCUGUGUCCGUCUACUGCUACUGGAGGAAGAGCCAGCAGGCUGAGCGUGAGUACGAGAAGAUCAAGUCCCAGCUGGAGGGUCUGGAGGAGAGUGUGCGCGACCGCUGCAAGAAGGAGUUCACAGACCUGAUGAUCGAGAUGGAGGACCAGACCAACGACGUGCACGAGGUCGGCAUUCCAGUGCUCGACUACAAGACCUACACGGACCGCGUCUUCUUCCUGCCCUCCAAGGAUGGAGACAAGGAUGUGAUGAUCACGGGCAAGCUGGACAUACCUGAGUCGCGGCGGCCCACUGUGGAGCAGGCCCUGUACCAGUUCUCCAACCUGCUCAAUAGCAAGUCCUUUCUCAUCAAUUUCAUCCACACCCUGGAGAACCAGCGGGAGUUCUCGGCGCGCGCCAAAGUCUACUUUGCGUCGCUGCUGACGGUGGCACUGCACGGGAAGCUCGAGUACUACACGGACAUCAUGCGCACGCUCUUCCUGGAGCUGAUGGAGCAAUACGUGGUGGCUAAGAACCCCAAGCUGAUGCUACGCAGGUCAGAGACAGUGGUGGAGAGGAUGCUGUCCAACUGGAUGUCCAUCUGCCUGUACCAGUAUCUCAAGGACAGUGCCGGUGAGCCCCUAUACAAGCUCUUCAAGGCCAUCAAGCAUCAGGUGGAGAAGGGGCCAGUGGAUGCCAUACAGAAGAAGGCCAAGUACACCCUAAAUGACACUGGGCUGCUGGGGGAUGAUGUAGAGUAUGCACCCCUGACAGUGAGCGUGAUCGUCCAGGAUGAAGGAUUCGACGCCAUCCCUGUCAAGGUCCUCAACUGUGACACCAUCUCCCAGGUCAAGGAGAAGAUCAUUGACCAGGUGUACCGCAUGCAGCCUUGCUCCCGCUGGCCCAAGGCUGAGAGCGUAGUCCUGGAGUGGCGUCCUGGCUCCACAGCACAGACUCUGUCGGACCUGGACCUGACCUCACAGCGGGACGGCCGGUGGAAGCGUAUCAACACACUGAUGCACUACAACGUCCGGGAUGGAGCCACUCUCAUCCUGUCCAAGGUGGGGGUCUCACAGCAGCCUGAGGACAGUCAGCAGGAUUUGCCAGGGGAGCGCCACGCCCUCCUGGAGGAGGAGAACCGCGUGUGGCAUCUGGUACGUCCGGCCGACGAGGUGGAUGAAGGCAAGCCCAAGCGUGGCAGUGUGAAGGAGAAGGAGCGCACCAAGGCCAUCACCGAGAUCUACCUGACGCGGCUGCUCUCGGUCAAGGGCACACUGCAGCAGUUUGUGGACAACUUCUUCCAGAGCGUGCUGGCGCCGAGCGUGCUGGCGCCGGGCCACGCGGUACCUCCUGCAGUCAAGUACUUCUUUGACUUCCUGGAUGAGCAGGCGGAGAAGUAUGACAUCCGGGACGAAGACACCAUCCACAUUUGGAAGACCAACAGCCUGCCCCUCCGCUUCUGGGUGAACAUACUCAAGAACCCCCACUUCAUCUUCGACGUGCACGUGCACGAGGUGGUGGAUGCCUCGCUGUCGGUCAUUGCCCAGACCUUCAUGGACGCCUGCACACGGACUGAGCACAAGCUGAGCCGCGACUCUCCCAGCAACAAGCUACUCUACGCCAAGGAGAUCUCCACUUACAAGAAGAUGGUGGAGGAUUACUACAAAGGGAUCCGCCAGAUGGUGCAAGUCAGCGACCAAGACAUGAACACACACUUGGCAGAAAUUUCCCGGGCACACACGGACACUCUGAACACCCUUGUGGCCCUGCACCAGCUCUACCAGUACACACAGAAGUACUAUGAUGAGAUCAUUAACGCUGAGGAGGACCCCGCUGCCCAGAAGAUGCAGUUGGCCUUCCGCCUGCAGCAGAUCGCGGCCGCGCUGGAGAACAAGGUCACGGACCUCUGACCUCCAACCUCAGCCCUCAACUGCAGCACAGAGGUUCAGGUGUCCGGGGGCUGGCCCCCUGGCCAGCAGCUUAGCCUUUCUCUCUCUGACCAGCAGAGGAUGAGCCUGCCCAAGCGCCCCAGCCCUCAGCACGUGUGGGACUCUCGUAGCAUCUUUCUCCUGAGCAAUACUGCCUGAGGGUGGUCCUGUACCACAGCAGCCCUGCCAGCACCAGCUCCCUCUGGAACCAGCGUCGGGUUCUGUCUUUCCACGUCCAGCCUCCGAGUGAUUUGCAAACGUGCCUUAGGUGCCUGAGCCUGAUGGGCCACGGUGGCACUCAGACGCCGGCCUCAGCCUCCUGGCGCUGCAGCUGCACCAUCUCGAACAUGGGGCCCCGGGCCCACCUCCCUGGGGUUCUGCAGCGCCUGUGGCCCCAGACUGUGUCUGUCUGUUCCUGGAAUGAGAGGAAGAAAACCAGCGGUACGAUGCCUUCCUGACCUCACCUGCCUUCCCUGCAGGCACCGUUGAUCUAAGUGAACUCAAGCGUGCCGCCUGGGCCUCACCUCAAAGGUUAAGCUGGACGUCAGACGUCGAGGCCCAGGCGGCCAGAGGGACCCCAGCAGAUGGGUGCUGGUCUCUGGCCUGUCAGACAGGUGGUCCUCACGAGUACCCCCCACCCGUUUUGUAAAUCUUGUUAAUUGUAAAUCAAAUACAUCAAUCUUUUUCACUCUG